AUGUUCCGAAACCCUCGCGAGAACGCUGGCGUAGGCCCGGCCAAUGCGUCUUUGCCCUCGACAGGCCGCCCUCCUACUCCGCCGCCGACCGGCAGCAACACCCACUCCGCACAGCGAUCUCCCUAUUUCCCAAUUAAUUCAAGUCUCCCGAAGAAGACCACACCCAUGGCGAAAACCCAGAGUCCUCAUGGUCGUCAAGUGGGAUCGAAACCGUCUGGUGCAAAGACGGCUGGGCUGCGCCAGAACACCAUCCUCAACUUUUUCAACAAGUUCGAGGACAAGAACGGGGCCGAAAAGAAUGCAAAAGCCCUCGCACCCUUGUUUUUCCGGGAUGGUCGGCGAAGCCCUGAACUGCCUAAUCAGCCCGAGAAGACACCCAUUGUCAGCCACGACGCAGAAGAGACACGAUUCUCUGAGCAAGAAGGCCCUGUCAAGAGGAGGCGAACUGUGGACGAUAAUGCCGAUCUCAUUGUUCGCACUCCUUCUCCCGAACCAAGAACCCCUCCCACCGAGCCGACAGAACGUAAAGAUUCCACCGAUCAAGUCACCCUCGAGACGAAGCCACAGAAGAGGCGUGGUGGAUUCCUAGAAGACUCGAGUGACGAAGAGGACGACACCUGGAGCGCCGUUUUGAACAAAUCAGUAGAUCGAACCGAUGAUGCGGGUGAAGUACUGAACAACGAUGCGAGUGCUUCGGCCGACAUUGACCUCGAAACAGGAUCCGGAACAGCAAGAUGUCACCUGAAGCCUACUGAUCUCGCCAAAGGAGGAAAUAUCGGGCAUGACAGACAUGAACGUACGGAACAAAACCGCCACGCUGUACCUGGCUUGAAUCAUGAAGGGACGAGCCUAGGUGCCGCCGAGGAGUUCGGCGACAAUGAUGAUUUUGAGGACGAUGAGUUUUUCGAGGGCGGCGAGGAAUACAUGGAAAGGCGCUGGAUGGAAGAACAACGAGAGCUGGAAAUGGGCCUGGACGAAGAUUCAAAGUCCGAGAGUGGUGGUGAAAGUAUUACAACACCUCGCAGCUACUACGAAGAUCCAGCCCUAAUAGAAGCCGAAGAAGGUGUUGGCCUUUCCCUUUGUCCAAUCUGCAACGGCAGCCUGAAGGGCCUUUCUGAGAGCCAGGCAUCUUCUCACGUCAACGCCUGUCUUGACGGCAAUGCUGAACCAUUACCAAAGGAACCCGCACUUAGCAAGCCCAUAUCGAAGCCCAUCGCCAACGGCAUCGCCAGCCCCAGUCAGAGUAACUUUUUGGAGAUAUACAAUGGUCCGACUCCAAAACGAUUCCAACGAGCAGCCAUAGCACGGCCGGCCCAAUCAAACCCGUUCAUGACUGGCGACGGUGGUGCGACAGGAGCUUCAGCCUUCGCUCGCUUGAUGUCCGGUCAUGCCGAGGACGCUGCAUGGGCCGAAGCUGCGGCCAACGAGGUCCAGUCUCGUGGCAAACCGGCGUAUCAACGGACAUGCCCCUUUUACAAGAUCAUGCCCGGCAUGUUCAUCUGCGUGGACGCCUUUCGCUACGGCAAGGUCGAAGGGCAGAACGCCUACUUUCUCAGCCACUUCCACAGCGACCACUACAUCGGCCUUACUUCUUCGUGGUGUCAUGGUCCGAUCUACGCCAGCAAAGUGACAUGCAAUCUGAUGGUGCAGCAACUAAAAGUCGAUCCCAAGUGGGUGGUGCCUCUGGAAUUUGAAAAGAAGGUCGAAGUCCCCAACACAAAAGGCGUGUAUGUGACCAUGAUACCAGCCAACCACUGUCCAGGGUCGUCGCUUUACCUAUUCGAAAAAGUGGUGGGUAAGAACAAAGAUGGGUCUCCGCGACUCACUCGAAUCUUGCACUGCGGUGACUUUCGCGCCUGUCCAGCCCAUGUCACCCAUCCACUCCUGCGCCCUGACGUCGUGGACAGCAUCACCGGCCAAACGAAGCAGCAGAUCAUCGAUACCUGCUACCUCGAUACCACGUACUUGACACCAAAAUACUCGUUUCCCAGCCAACAUGAUGUGAUUGAUGCUUGUGCUCAAAUGUGCGUCAGUCUGUCCAAGGAGAUCGUAGAUACCAGCGACGGCUGGGAAAAGACCAAAGCCGAGCGCGCCGGGAGCACGAUGAAAAAGUUCCUAGAGCAAGGCGAGAAGGAGAAUAAAAAUUCACCCAUCAAGGAAGAAGGAGAAGACCGAGAAGAGGUCAACAACAACAACAACAACAACAAACCACAAAAGAAGCGAGGUCGGCUUCUAGUCGUGAUCGGGACAUACUCGAUCGGAAAAGAAAGGAUAUGUCUUGGAAUCGCCCGGGCUCUCGAUUCUAAAAUCUAUGCUCCGCCGUCCAAAAUGCGCAUCUGCGCCUGUCUGGAAGAUGAGGAACUUAAUGCCCGACUCACGCGCGAUCCGCUCGAGGCUCAAGUCCACAUGCAGACGCUGAUGGAGAUCCGGGCCGAAACUCUGCACGAGUACAUGUCGUCUUUCAAAGGUCAUUUUGCGCGCGUCGUCGGGUUUCGGCCGACGGGCUGGUCAUACCGUCCGCCCACCUCACGGUUUACUGAAAACCCGGCUGUCAGCACAGUCCUUCAUUCGGACGGCUGGAAAACUCGAUACUCGAUGCGUGAUCUGGCGCCUCAGCGGGGGAGUACGCGCGAGUCCAAUUGCUUUGGAGUGCCGUAUUCCGAGCAUUCCUCGUUCAGAGAGCUUACGAUGUUUUGCUGUGCGUUGCGCAUCAAUAGAAUCGUCCCGACGGUCAAUGUCGGCAGUGCGCGGAGUCGUGAGAAGAUGAAGGCUUGGAUUGAGAAGUGGGACGCGGAGAAACGAAAGAAUGGCCUUUUCAAGGUCGAGGUUGGAGCCGAGGGCUGGGGUAGUGGAGACGGCCAGUUACGGUACGGAGUGUAG